AUGCCUUGUCUCCUCACCCGGCGUCUCCCAUGGUCCUCCACACCAUCGCUCCUCCAGCCAAUGCGUUUUCGACCACAAUGGAACUUUAGAAAAUCCUACAGCACCAGCAACAAACUAUCUGAUCCUCUUCGGAUUCUGUUCUGCGGCUCAGAUGACUUCAGCUGUGCUUCAUUGCACGCAUUAUACCGCGAGUAUCGCCGUAACAGCGCGCUCAUUCGGUCAAUUGAUGUCGUCGUGCGGCCCGCUAAGCCGACGGGGAGGGGUUAUAAGGAGUUAAGAGAAGUUCCGGUGCAGAAACUUGCCAAUGAAUUGGGGCUCCCUGUUCAUGUGAGGGAUACGUUCACUGGGUGGAACAUGCCUCAACCAGAAGGCGACCCCAUCAACCUGAUCAUUGCAGUCUCCUUCGGCUUGUUCGUCCCUCCACGUUUGCUCUCAGCUGCCAAAUAUGGCGGGCUCAACGUUCAUCCAUCCUUGCUACCUGACCUGCGCGGUCCAGCCCCCCUCCACCACGCCCUCCUCCACGGUGACACCCACACCGGCGUCUCCAUCCAAACCCUCUCUCCCACGACCUUCGACGCUGGCACCAUCCUCUCGCAAACCCCCCCCCCUGGUAUCCCCAUUCCCCGGGACUGCACCCUCGUCCAACUCCACAACCUCCUGGCCCCCGUCGGAGCAGAAAUGCUUGUUGAUGUGCUGCGUCAAGGGAAACACGUCCCUCCGCAUGAGGACGUCGUUGAGAAUGAUGUGAAGGGGAAGGAGGGAUUGAGGCAUGCGCCGAAGGUAGAGAAGAAAGAUGGGGAGGUUAGAUUGGUUGGUACCCCGUCAGGGAGGACUGCGGCAAGGGAUGCGGUGUUGAGGGAACGGGUUUUGGGAGCGGUGUGGACGCAUGUCAGGGUUCCGGGGAAGAAGGUGGGUGAUGAGGGGGUGGUGAAGAGGGUGAUUCUAGGGGAGCUGAGCGAGAUGGAUGGAUGGAAUGCUCCCAGCGAGCUCACAAAGGGGACAGUGACUUUCCUCCAGCAAUAUCCUCCACCUUCAGCGGGUUCGUCACCCGAAGCGCAGAAGCAGCAGUUCACACCUGUACCUCUCACGACUUAUUUCUUCCUUCCUUCCGAUGCCGUCCCUAAAGGCCCUGGCGCAGGCGCCGUGGCAGUUCAUAUGCCGGACGGGUCGUGGCUUUGCAUAGGACGCAUCAAGGUCGAGGGGUCGACAGCCAAACCCGCGGCGAAGGUGAUGAGGAGUUUGUUGAGUGUUGCACAGUAA